CCCAACUGGCAGGGACAGCUGCAGACAGGGGCCGCCGCACCAGCUUUGUUCCCAGGGUGGUGCCCGCUUUCCAUCCAGGCCCCACUCCGGCUUCCACGCAACGCUGCCUCCCUUCCUGGGCUCAGUGAGAAGCAGGAAAGUGGGUCCCACGCCAUGAGUGCCUAGAGCACAAGCCACCAGGGUCACCCCGCGUGGGGCGCGGGGCUCUGGGAGGAUGGGGCAGGACCAGACAAAGCAGCAGAUCGAGAAGGGACUCCAACUAUACCAGUCUAACCAGACGGAGAAGGCCCUGCAGGUGUGGACGAAGGUGCUGGAGAAGAGUUCGGAUCUUGUGGGGCGCUUCCGUGUGCUGGGCUGCCUGGUCACGGCCCACUCGGAGAUGGGCCGCUACAAGGAGAUGUUGAAGUUUUCUGUGGUCCAGAUUGAUACGGCCCGGGAGCUGGAAGACGCCAACUUCCUUCUGGAGAGCUACCUUAACCUGGCGCGCAGCAAUGAGAAGCUGUGUGAGUUUCACAAGACCAUAUCCUACUGCAAGACCUGCCUUGGCCUUCCCGGCACCAGGGCAGGGGCCCAGCUUGGAGGCCAGGUCAGCUUGAGCAUGGGCAAUGCCUUCCUGGGCCUCAGCGUCUUCCAGAAGGCCCUGGAGAGCUUCGAGAAGGCCCUGCGCUAUGCCCACAACAACGACGAUGCUAUGCUGGAAUGCCGUGUCUGCUGCAGCCUGGGCAGCUUCUAUGCCCAGGUCAAG